GUGCUCGGCAGGUCAGGACUUGUGUUUGUUUCGCUUUGUGGAACUGCAGGAUGAUUCCUACUCCUGGGGUUGGAGUUCAGGUCCUCAGCAGACACAUCCGCCUCUGUGCCUUUGAUGGAACUCAGGUGUUGAGUAACAUCCACACCGUGAGGGCAACCUACAACUCUAAAAGCCCCAAGACUUGGAGCUUCUCUCCAAAGAUGACAGGUAUGCUACCCACGCUCCUGGAUGGGGACUGUUUCCUACGCUGCAACUCUUCGUCUCCUGACCUAGGGAUCCUCUUUGAACUGGGAGUCACCUUUAUACGGAAUGUAUGAC